AGCUCUGAUUCAGUGGGAACGCGGUGGCUUUAGCCCGGCACCAGGGAGCAAAGGUCCCCACAGUCUUACUUUGCUUUCCGACAGGGAAGAAAGAAGGAGAAUUCGGGGCAAGUUUCCAGCCAGUCCACCCUACUGGGAGCCAGAAUCUGCUCCGCAAGAAGCCAUCCCCUGCUCGGGAGCCCGGGUCUUGCUCAGAGGCUGCCCCGUGUCUUUCCACCCAAUGCAGUAGAAAAGGAGCCCCGCCAGCCUCAAUGACUGAAGAUGGCUAGAGAAGGGCAAGGUGAGCGGGGUGUGACGAGUCUUCGCAGAGACCAGUAGGAAAGAAGAGGCGAGAGAGAGAGAGAACCAAAGGCAGGUGAUAGAGAGAGAGACAGAAAGCAGUGAUCUAAAUGCAGCCAGCCGCGCUAGGACAAUGCCAGGCUUCAGCAUUAGACGCAGAUGUUACAGCUGUGCUGGGUGCGGAGGGGCCGGGCCCUCCUGGGCCGCCGGCGCCUCUGGCUGCUCCGUGCUGCCCGGCACCGCUCUCAGCACGUUGACUACAAGCCCAUCCGCAAGGUCAUGGUGGCCAAUAGAGGGGAGAUCGCCAUCCGCGUGUUCCGGGCAUGCACAGAGCUGGGCAUCCGCACGGUGGCCGUGUACUCGGAGCAGGAUACGGGGCAAAUGCACCGUCAGAAGGCGGACGAGGCGUAUCUCAUUGGGCGGGGGCUGCCACCCGUGCAGGCCUAUCUCCACAUCCCUGACAUCAUCCAGGUGGCCAAGGAGAAUGAGGUGGACGCGGUGCAUCCUGGCUAUGGGUUCCUCUCAGAGCGAGCAGAUUUUGCCCAGGCCUGUGCUGAGGCUGGAGUACGCUUCAUUGGGCCGUCCCCUGAGGUUGUGCGCAAGAUGGGUGACAAGGUGGAGGCGCGCACUAUUGCUAUUGCUGCAGGGGUUCCUGUGGUGCCAGGCACGGAUGCGCCUAUCACAUCGCUGACUGAGGCCCAUGAGUUCUCCAACAGCUAUGGCUUCCCCAUCAUCUUCAAGGCAGCGUUCGGUGGUGGUGGCCGGGGCAUGAGGGUCGUCCGGAGCUACGAGGAGCUGGAGGAGAACUAUACUCGUGCCUUCUCGGAGGCACUGUCUGCCUUUGGCAAUGGGGCGCUCUUUGUGGAGAAGUUCAUCGAGAAGCCACGGCACAUUGAGGUCCAGAUCCUGGGGGACAACUAUGGGAAUGUGGUACACCUCUAUGAGCGCGACUGCUCCAUCCAGCGGCGCCACCAGAAAGUUGUGGAGAUUGCACCAGCGGCUCACCUGGACCCCCAGCUUCGUGCCCGCCUCACCCAUGACGCUGUGCGCCUGGCCAAGCAGGUGGGAUACGAGAACGCCGGCACAGUGGAAUUCCUGGUGGACAAACACGGCAAACACUAUUUCAUCGAGGUCAACUCCCGUCUCCAGGUGGAGCACACAGUCACCGAGGAGAUCACCAAUGUGGACCUGGUCCAUGCCCAGAUCCGUGUGGCCGAGGGGCGGAGCCUGCCUGACUUGGGCCUGCGCCAGGAGCUAAUUCGCGUCAAUGGCUGCGCCAUCCAGUGCCGCGUCACCACCGAGGACCCUGCCCGCGGCUUCCAGCCUGACACCGGCCGUAUUGAG